AUGGCGAAGAAAAGAAGAAACAACGGCUGUGCCAAAAAUGGUCCCAGGCAUGUGCAGCCUAUUCGCUGCAUGAACUGCGCCCGAUGUGUGUCCAAGGACAAGGCUAAGAAGUUCGUCAUCCGAAACACAGUAGAGGCCGCAGUCAUUAGCGGCAUCUCCAAAGCAAGUGUCUUCGAUGCCUAUGUACUCCCCAAGCGGCAUGUGAAGCUACAUUACUGUGUGAGUUGCGCCAUUCAUAGCAAGGUAGUCAGGAACCGAUCUCGCAAGGACCCACCCCGAUUCAGACCUGUGGUUGCUGCCCCUCACCCUCCACCAAAGCCCAGGUAAGGAGCCGAGUCUUUAAGGACUGAAGGACUAUCUGUCC